CUGUGCUUUUCAAUGGCGUCGAGAACUAAGCUACAGUCAACAUGACUUCAAAAGCUGCUUGAAUGUGCAUGCUUUUAAAGUUAGUUUUCUUCUUGAAACAAUUAAAUUAAAUAGUUAAAGUGCAUGGUGAUUAUCAACUAGUGUUCAUCCACAUCGCCCAAGAUGUCGAUGCCACCGUAUUUGCUGGGUCCAAACCCAUGGGCCAUGAUGGCCCAGCAACAACUUGCAGUGGCCCAGGCCCAAGCACAAGCUCAGGUUGCUGCAGCUCAAGCUCAUGCCCAUGCCCUGCAACAACAAUUCCCACCCCCAUGCCCAAAGAACGACGUUAUGACCGAAGAGAAACUGCAGGAAAAAGCUCUCAAAUGGCAGCAAUUGCAAUCAAAGAGAUUUGCUGAUAAAAGAAAGCUAGGAUUUGUUGAUGCGCAAAAGGAGGAUAUGCCUCCAGAGCAUAUCAGAAAAAUCAUCAAAGAUCAUGGAGACAUGAGCAGUCGAAAAUACCGUCAUGAUAAGAGAGUAUAUCUCGGCGCGUUGAAAUAUAUGCCGCAUGCAGUAAUGAAACUGCUUGAAAACAUGCCUAUGCCUUGGGAACAAAUCAGAGAUGUAAAGGUACUCUACCACAUCACAGGUGCUAUUACAUUUGUGAAUGAAAUCCCUUGGGUGGCUGAGCCCAUCUACAUUGCACAAUGGGGUACAAUGUGGAUUAUGAUGCGUCGUGAGAAGCGUGAUCGUCGACAUUUCAAACGUAUGCGUUUCCCACCGUUUGACGAUGAAGAACCGCCACUUGAUUAUGCCGACAACGUGUUGGACGUAGAACCGUUGGAAGCAAUUCAGAUUGACUUAGAUUCAGAAGAAGAUUCAGCAGUGGCAAAAUGGCUGUAUGAUCACAAACCACUAGUUGGAAGUGGGUUUGUGAAUGGUUCCACAUACAGAAAGUGGAAUUUGUCUCUACCUAUUAUGGCAACACUCUACCGGUUGGCCAAUCAACUGCUUACUGAUUUAGUGGAUGAUAACUUCUUUUAUUUGUUUGAUACCAAGAGUUUUUUCACUGCUAAAGCUCUAAAUAUGGCUAUACCAGGUGGUCCUAAGUUUGAGCCAUUGAUUAAAGAUGCUAAUCCUGGGGAUGAAGAUUGGAACGAGUUUAAUGAUAUUAACAAAAUCAUUAUUCGUCAACCAGUACGCACGGAAUACAGAAUUGCGUUUCCGUAUCUGUACAACAAUAUGCCCCACUUUGUACAUCUUUCAUGGUAUCAUACACCAAACGUAGUCUACAUUAAAACCGAAGAUCCUGAUUUACCAGCAUUCUACUUCGAUCCGUUAAUCAACCCGAUUUCUCAUCGACAUGCUGUUAAAAGUCUAGAACCACUACCUGACGAUGAUGAAGAAUAUAUUCUACCCGAAACAGUACAACCGUUCUUGCAAGAAACACCUUUGUAUACUGAUAACACCGCGAAUGGUAUUUCCCUUCUUUGGGCACCAAGACCAUUCAACAUGCGUUCUGGUCGCUGCCGCCGAGCUAUCGAUGUACCUUUAGUUAAAGGAUGGUAUAAGGAACAUUGUCCUCCUGGCCAGCCCGUUAAAGUACGCGUGUCCUACCAGAAGUUAUUAAAAUACUUCGUUUUGAACGCGUUGAAACAUCGUCCACCAAAGGCGCAAAAGAAGCGAUACUUGUUCAGAUCAUUCAAGUCUACAAAGUUCUUCCAGACAACUACUUUGGAUUGGGUAGAGGCUGGACUACAAGUUUGCAGACAAGGCUACAACAUGUUGAACUUGCUGAUUCAUCGUAAAAAUUUGAAUUAUCUACAUUUGGAUUACAAUUUCAAUUUGAAACCAGUAAAGACUUUGACUACGAAAGAAAGGAAAAAAUCACGAUUCGGAAAUGCUUUCCAUUUGUGUCGUGAAAUUUUACGAUUGACUAAACUUAUCAUUGAUUCGCAUGUUCAGUAUCGCUUAAAUAACGUCGAUGCUUUUCAACUUGCUGAUGGUCUUCAAUACAUUUUCGCUCAUGUUGGCCAACUGACUGGAAUGUAUCGUUACAAAUAUAAACUUAUGAGACAAAUCCGGAUGUGUAAGGAUUUGAAACAUUUGAUUUACUACCGAUUUAAUACCGGACCAGUCGGGAAGGGCCCCGGCUGUGGUUUCUGGGCACCUGGAUGGCGUGUGUGGCUCUUCUUCAUGCGUGGUAUUACUCCACUAUUGGAGCGUUGGUUAGGUAACUUAUUGAGCAGACAGUUCGAAGGCCGUCAUUCUAAAGGUGUUGCUAAGACUGUUACAAAGCAGAGAGUUGAAUCGCACUUUGAUCUUGAAUUGCGUGCGUCUGUAAUGCACGACAUUGUUGAUAUGAUGCCCGAAGGUAUCAAACAGAACAAAGCCAGAACUAUUCUACAACAUUUAUCGGAAGCUUGGCGUUGCUGGAAGGCUAACAUCCCGUGGAAAGUACCCGGAUUACCUAUUCCGAUUGAAAAUAUGAUUUUGAGAUAUGUUAAGAUGAAGGCCGAUUGGUGGACGAAUACAGCUCACUAUAAUCGGGAACGUAUACGACGUGGUGCCACUGUGGAUAAAACAGUAUGCAAAAAGAAUUUGGGACGUUUAACACGUUUGUUCCUCAAGGCAGAACAGGAAAGACAACAUAACUAUUUGAAAGAUGGACCCUACAUCUCUCCUGAAGAAGCUGUGGCUAUCUACACGACGACUGUUCAUUGGUUGGAAAGUCGCAGAUUUGCGCCUAUUCCAUUCCCACCGCUUUCUUACAAACACGACACGAAAUUGUUGAUUUUGGCGUUGGAGCGCCUCAAAGAAGCAUACAGCGUAAAAUCUCGUUUGAAUCAAAGCCAGCGUGAAGAGCUGGGAUUGAUUGAACAAGCCUACGACAAUCCGCACGAAGCUCUGAGUAGAAUCAAACGUCAUUUGCUCACACAGCGCGCAUUCAAAGAAGUUGGCAUCGAAUUUAUGGACCUUUACAGUCAUUUGAUUCCGGUUUACGACGUUGAACCGUUGGAAAAGAUUACAGACGCUUACCUUGAUCAAUACUUGUGGUAUGAGGCUGAUAAGCGACGUCUAUUCCCACCAUGGGUGAAACCUGCAGACACGGAACCACCGCCAUUACUCGUCUACAAGUGGUGCCAAGGCAUCAAUAAUCUUGAAGAUGUUUGGGAUGUGUCCGAAGGCGAGUGCAACGUUCUGCUUGAAUCUAAAUUCGAAAAAUUAUAUGAGAAAAUCGAUCUUAAUCUGCUCAAUCGUCUGCUGCGACUUAUUGUCGAUCAUAAUAUCGCGGAUUACAUGACCGCCAAGAAUAACGUUGUCAUAAACUACAAGGAUAUGAACCACACCAACAGUUAUGGUAUUAUUAGAGGAUUACAAUUCGCAUCAUUCGUCACGCAAUAUUACGGCUUGGUGUUGGAUUUACUUGUCCUCGGCUUACAACGCGCUAGUGAAAUGGCUGGCCCGCCUCAAAUGCCGAAUGAUUUCUUAACGUUCCAAGAAGUUACCACUGAGACAUGUCAUCCCAUUCGUCUGUACUGCAGAUACGUGGAUAGAAUUCAUAUGUUCUUUAGAUUUUCCGCCGAAGAUGCGCGUGAAUUGAUUCAGCGCUACUUGACGGAACAUCCUGAUCCCAAUAAUGAGAAUAUUGUCGGUUAUAACAAUAAAAAGUGUUGGCCGAGAGAUGCCAGAAUGCGUUUGAUGAAACACGAUGUCAAUUUGGGUCGCGCUGUUUUCUGGGAUAUUAAAAAUCGUCUCCCGCGUUCGGUUACGACGAUUCAAUGGGAAAACAGUUUUGUCAGCGUCUACUCAAAGGACAAUCCGAAUUUAUUGUUCAACAUGAGUGGAUUUGAAUGCAGGAUUUUACCAAAAAGCCGCACACAGAAUGAAGAAUUCACACAUCGCGAUGGUGUUUGGAAUCUACAACACGAAGGAAGUAAAGAGCGUACAGCACAAUGUUUCCUCAGAGUAGACGAUGAGUCAAUGGGACGAUUCCAUAACAGAGUGCGUCAAAUUCUCAUGGCGUCUGGAUCAACAACAUUCACGAAGAUUGUAAACAAAUGGAAUACUGCUUUGAUUGGAUUAAUGACCUAUUUCCGAGAAGCAGUUGUAAACACUCAGGAAUUGUUGGAUCUAUUGGUUAAAUGUGAGAAUAAAAUCCAGACUCGUAUUAAAAUUGGUCUCAAUUCGAAAAUGCCAAGUCGUUUCCCACCUGUGGUGUUCUACACACCUAAAGAAUUAGGUGGGCUGGGUAUGUUGUCGAUGGGUCACGUCCUUAUACCUCAAAGUGAUUUAAGAUGGUCGAAACAAACCGAUGUUGGCAUUACACAUUUCCGUUCUGGUAUGAGCCACGAUGAAGAUCAACUUAUUCCUAAUUUGUAUCGAUAUGUACAACCAUGGGAGUCUGAGUUUAUAGAUUCACAGCGUGUGUGGGCAGAGUAUGCUCUCAAAAGACAAGAAGCUAAUGCACAGAAUCGUCGUUUAACAUUAGAAGACUUGGAAGAUUCGUGGGAUCGCGGUAUUCCUCGAAUUAACACUCUCUUCCAAAAGGAUAGGCAUACACUUGCAUAUGACAAAGGUUGGCGUAUCAGAACUGAAUUUAAACAGUAUCAAGUCUUGAAGCAGAAUCCCUUCUGGUGGACUCAUCAAAGACACGACGGUAAAUUAUGGAACUUGAAUAAUUACCGAACUGAUAUGAUUCAAGCUCUUGGUGGCGUGGAAGGAAUUUUGGAACACACACUAUUUAAAGGAACUUAUUUCCCUACAUGGGAGGGUCUCUUCUGGGAGAAGGCGUCUGGUUUUGAAGAAUCUAUGAAGUACAAAAAACUGACAAAUGCACAGCGUUCGGGUCUUAAUCAAAUCCCGAAUCGUCGUUUCACUCUCUGGUGGUCACCAACGAUUAACCGCGCUAACGUCUACGUCGGUUUCCAAGUACAACUUGAUUUGACGGGCAUUUUCAUGCACGGCAAAAUCCCAACACUGAAAAUCUCGUUGAUUCAAAUUUUCCGUGCUCACUUGUGGCAGAAGGUGCACGAAUCUAUCGUUAUGGACUUGUGUCAAGUUUUCGAUCAGGAACUCGAUGCGCUCGAGAUUGAAACCGUACAAAAGGAAACAAUUCAUCCUCGUAAAUCGUACAAAAUGAACUCAUCUUGUGCAGAUAUUUUACUCUUCUCUGCUUACAAGUGGAAUGUUUCAAGACCAUCUUUAUUGGCUGAUACUAAAGACACCAUGGACAACACUACAACGCAAAAAUACUGGAUUGAUGUACAAUUGCGUUGGGGUGAUUAUGAUUCUCACGAUGUCGAGCGUUAUGCCAGGGCCAAGUUCUUGGAUUAUACCACGGACAAUAUGUCAAUUUAUCCUUCACCCACCGGUGUUUUGAUUGCUAUUGAUUUGGCGUAUAAUUUGCAUAGUGCAUAUGGUAACUGGUUCCCAGGCUGCAAGCCUUUAAUCCAGCAAGCGAUGGCAAAAAUAAUGAAAGCUAAUCCCGCAUUGUAUGUCUUGCGUGAACGUAUUCGUAAAGCUUUGCAAUUAUAUUCGAGUGAACCGACGGAACCAUAUCUUUCAAGUCAGAAUUACGGCGAGUUGUUCUCGAAUCAAAUCAUUUGGUUUGUUGACGACACCAAUGUAUACCGUGUAACUAUUCACAAAACAUUCGAGGGUAAUUUAACAACCAAGCCCAUCAACGGAGCUAUUUUCAUCUUUAAUCCCAGAACUGGUCAGUUGUUCCUGAAGAUUAUUCACACUUCUGUGUGGGCUGGUCAGAAACGUCUUGGGCAGUUAGCGAAGUGGAAAACUGCUGAAGAAGUUGCUGCUUUGAUUAGAUCUCUACCGGUUGAAGAACAACCUAAGCAAAUUAUCGUCACCAGAAAGGGAAUGUUGGAUCCAUUGGAAGUGCAUUUACUGGAUUUCCCCAACAUUGUCAUCAAGGGAUCCGAAUUGCAAUUGCCUUUCCAGGCUUGCCUGAAAAUCGAGAAGUUUGGUGAUUUGAUUCUGAAGGCUACGGAACCACAGAUGGUAUUGUUUAAUUUGUACGAUGAUUGGUUGAAGACUAUUUCAUCCUACACUGCUUUCUCGAGGUUGAUUCUUAUCCUGCGUGCUUUACACGUGAACACUGAGAGGACUAAAGUUAUCCUUAAGCCAGACAAGACUACCAUUACUGAACCUCAUCAUAUCUGGCCGACAUUGUCCGAUGACGAAUGGAUUAAGGUCGAGGUGCAACUUAAAGAUCUAAUUCUUGCUGACUACGGAAAGAAGAACAAUGUAAAUGUUGCUUCUUUGACACAGUCUGAAAUUAGGGAUAUUAUUCUUGGUAUGGAGAUCAGCGCACCUUCAGCUCAGAGACAACAAAUCGCAGAAAUCGAGAAACAAACCAAGGAACAAUCGCAGCUUACAGCAACUACCACGCGAACAGUAAACAAACACGGCGAUGAAAUUAUCACCAGUACAACGAGCAACUAUGAAACGCAGACGUUCAGCUCAAAGACCGAAUGGCGUGUGCGUGCCAUUUCAGCAACCAAUUUACACUUGCGUACUAACCACAUUUACGUCAGCUCCGAUGACAUCAAGGAAACUGGCUACACGUAUAUUUUGCCGAAGAACGUUCUCAAAAAGUUCAUCACUAUCUCUGAUUUGCGUGCACAGAUUUGUGCAUUCUUAUACGGCGUGUCUCCACCUGAUAACCCGCAGGUCAAAGAGUUACGCUGUCUGGUGUUGGCCCCACAAUGGGGAACGCAUCAAACCGUGCACAUUCCAACAACACCACCAAAUCAUCCGUUCUUAAAGGAUAUGGAGCCUCUAGGUUGGAUUCACACUCAACCCAAUGAGUUACCACAACUUUCUCCGCAAGAUAUCGGCACACAUGCUCGUUUGAUGGCGGAUAAUCCCAACUGGGAUGGCGAGAAAACCAUUAUUAUUACGUCGUCAUUCACGCCGGGUUCAUGCUCCCUAACCGCGUAUAAACUAACACCUUCUGGUUAUGAAUGGGGCCGGCAGAACACAGAUAAGGGUAAUAAUCCGAAAGGAUACUUACCGAGUCACUACGAAAAGGUCCAGAUGUUACUGAGCGAUCGUUUCCUUGGUUUCUUCAUGGUACCGAGCCAGGGAAGCUGGAACUACAACUUUAUGGGUGUUCGACACGAUCCUAAUAUGAAGUAUGAACUCCAGUUGGCUAAUCCCAAGGAAUUCUAUCAUGAAGUACACAGACCGGCGCAUUUCCUUAACUUUUCUUCUCUGGAAGACGGCGAUGGUGUUGGUGCUGACCGGGAGGACGCCUUCGCUUAAAAUAUAUUCGUUUCUUUUUAAUUUGUAUUUUAAUUAAGUAACCCCGAUGUGUACGGAUUAGUUUAUGUCAAUAAGAUUUUGUAUUGUGUACAUAAUUAAAUCACCUUUCGAAAAUGA